AUGCCCACUAGGAAGAGGUACAAGCUGGUCCAGGAGAUUGUGAACAAUGUCUCUAGCAUUAUCAAGGCCAACUCCACGGACCAUUGUGCCAAAUGCAAGACUGCUCUGGCAGCUGCUAAGCCAGCGGCAAUUCAUGCCCCAGCUCUUGUUCCAAAUGCCAUGGUCGACCUCUGUAAGGCUUUUGCAUUUCACAGCAACGAUGUUUGUGAGCAAGAUUUCGCUGCCAAUGCCUUUGGUCCUAUCUGGACUCAAGUCCUAGCAUAUGCCGAUGUCGAAGGUCUCGAUGGUGAAUAUAUGUGCCAUUCCUUGAACAAGAAAUACUGCGAUGAUCCGAAGACCAGCCCACUGGACUCGAGCAAGCUGUUUCCCAAGCCCAAGCCGGAAAACGCAGAUAUGCUAGUACCCAAGGCGAGUGGCGAGCGAGUGAAGGUACUGCAUCUCUCGGAUUUCCAUUUGGAUGCUCGGUAUUCCGUCAGUUCUGAGGCAAAUUGCUCAUCCAAGCUGUGUUGUCGACGUGAUAAUGACAAUGACCUUUCCGAGGACGAGCCCUUGCUUUCUGCUCCCGCCUAUGGCUCGUUCAAAUGCGAUACCCCCUAUGACCUGGGUCUAGCUGCCUUGCAGGCCGUCGGUCCUUUGACCGGAACUGGGAAAGGAAAGCAUGACGAACACCUCGCCUGGACGCUUUACACGGGUGAUCUCGUCUCCCAUGACCCAGCUCCACAGAUAUCCAAAGCUUUAACACAAUACACAGAGACCAGCAUCUAUGGCAUGUUCAAGCACUAUCUGUCUGGUCCUGUCUUUGCGGCGCUCGGAAACCAUGACACUAGCCCUGCUAACAUUGAUUCUCCUCACAACCUUCCUGGUCGACUGGGGGAACAGCAAAGCUGGAACUACGAUCAUCUAGCCGCGCUCUGGCAGCAUGAGGGAUGGAUCAGUCGUGAAACAGCCGAUGAAGCUCGAACACAUCACGGAGGCUAUUCGAUCAAGACACAUUAUGGACUCCGUAUAAUUUCGUUCAACACUGAUUUCUGGCUCAGAAGCAACUUCCUCACCUUCAUCAAUGCCACCGACCCGGACAACUCAGGGGUGUUUAGCUGGAUGAUCUCGGAGCUCCAAAAAGCCGAAGAUGCCAAUGAGCGUGUUUGGAUUAUCGGACAUGUCCUCAGCGGCUGGGAUGGCACUAAUCCACUCCCCAAUCCCACCGAUCUAUUCUACCAGAUUGUUGAACGUUACUCACCCCACGUCAUCGCAAAUAUCUUCUUCGGACACACCCACGAAGACCAGUUCAUGGUCUAUUAUGCCAACAACGGAACUGUGCAGAGUGCCCAGACAGCUCUAGCAACAGGUUGGAUUAUGCCCAGUAUCACACCAAUAACAAACCUGAACAGUGGGUUCCGACUGUACGAAGUCGACACGGGAGAUUUCAAUAUUUACAAUGCUUGGACUUUCUACAGCAAUGUAUCCGACUAUCCAAAUCUCAACGAAACAGGUCCAACCUACCAACUCGAGUACUCGACUCGGGAAACGUACGGUGCUGCAGCAGAUUGGGACGAGGAUGAGCCGCUGAACGCUACUUUCUGGCAUCGUGUUACUGAGGCCAUGGAGAAGGACCUGGACCUAGUCACUUUGUUCAAUGAGUACCAGGGAAAGAAGAGCGUUAAGAGUCCUCCUUGUGUCACCGCUGCGUGUCAGAAGGCCAAAGUCUGCUAUAUGCGCAGUGGGAGUGUCGCACUGGGUAGCCAGUGUCCUCAGGGGUGGGUGUCUGGUUCGAUUUGGAUUGGGAUAUAUAUGCUAACUUUAUUUAGGUAUGGAUCCGUGCAGAGACCGUUCAAGGGAAUGUGA